CUCCCCCCCACCAGCCUGGUUAAUGUUCCUGGUUGGUCAAGUUUCCAUGUGGGUCUUGGAAUGUUGGGCUGGGCUCCCUUGUGCCUUAGAGAGCCUAAAAACAGAAUGACGGUAACAAUAGCUGCCACACAGUGUUCAGCGCCGUUCUAAACCCUCCGUGCCUGUUCACUCACUGAGUUCUCACACCAGGGCUGUGCAGACUCCAUUAUCGUCCCUGUCUACUGACAGUCCCAGCGGCCCGAGCUGCAGCUUCCACCCCGAAUUGUACUUGUAACUGGAGUUGCCACAUCGCUCCUGAACCUGAGGGCCCAGGAACCCGCACCCCGAUCUAGUCAAAUCUAAGGAACGAAGGCCCAGAGAGGACCCAGACUUGCUGGAGGCCGCACAGCGGCUGAUGGCAGAGGCCCCAGCCCCGUCCUCACCAGUGGCGCGUCCUCGGCAGGUCACGGGCUAUUCUGAACCUCCUUCCUGACCCAAGCAAGACAUGACCAUAGCGGCCAAGAGGGCAGGACCUUGGGGAGGGUAAUGAGUUGGGACCCCGGUGGGGGCUUCUUGGGCACCCUGGAUAUGCACCAUAUGAUAAGUUAUUAAGCUGUUCGUUUAUGCUCUUAGCAUCUUUCUAAAUGUGUGUCCUGUUGGAAAUGUUACAGUAUCUACCUCACAGGGUCUAGGAGCCUGAGAAGUGUUUGUAAAGUGUCUGACAGUGCCUGCUCUGGAAGAAGUGCUCAUUAAUUAUUAUUAUUAUUGUUGUCCUUUCACACUGGCAGAGGGUUCCUUGUGGAGCUGGGAGCUGGGGGUCCCCUGGGGAAAUGCAGUGGAGAAGGGCAUGUGUUCAAAGCCUGCAGAGGGGGGCCUGGCUCAUCCCCUAAGUGAGGGCUCUGAGGCUCUCGAGGACAGUCACUGCCCUCGGGUGUCUCUGGGUGGCUGAUGUGGAAGGGGGGAACUGGAGGGGAUGAGACAGCACCCUAGCUCCUACUGACUACCAGCUCCCCUCCCUCCCCGCCACCCCAUCAGCUCCACCAGCACAGUGAAAACAGCCCUUCCCAGCCCCGCAGGGCUGCGGAAACCCGGCCUAAUUGGAUCCAGGACCCUCGGGAGCCCUGUUCUUCACAGGAAGUUCCCAGGAGCGAGUUUCCGAGCCUGGCCAGGGUCUUGGGGGUGGGGUGGGGUGCAACAGCUGGGGCUCAGCGCUCUGGGCCACAUGGAGUGGGGCACGUGGAGGGCAGAGAGGUCAUGGGAAGCACACGGGGGUCUCAAGGAGCUGGGAGGACGGGAAACCUCAGCUCCUGUCUCGUCACUCGCAGGCCAUCUUUCAGCCUAGCAAUGACCCGUCCUUUGAAAACCUUGACCACUGGCUUUCCCUGCUCAGCGACCUCCCAUAGCCCCCCAAAGCUGUUCAUCCAAGCUCCCCAGCCUGGAACUCUGGUCCUUUAUGAAGUGCCCUGGUCACCAUUCUCUCUUUCUCCCUGCAAGUUCCUGUGCGAGCUCUACGAUGGGCCCGAUGUAAUGCUGCGCGCUCACCUGCCUCUGGGCCUUUGCACUGCAGCUCUUUUCCGCCCCGGCCUGCCCUUCCCUGGCAUCUCUCUCUCGGCGUCUCCCCUUUCCCUUGGUGAAAUCUCUCAUCCCUCAGUGGAUAAGCUCAUCUUCCCAGGGACGCUCCAGCCCCUAGCAGCAGCUUGUACCCUCUCGGGACAGGGCUAUGUUUGCGGGCUCUGCUUUCCUGGAAAGUCAGUGGUUUUCCACGCCUACACGGCCCUCCGCACCCAUGCUGUCUCUUACCCUCUUACUCUCCUGCUGACUUCUCAGGCGUCCAGCCCACAUGAACAGAGCCUCUCCUCACAUUGAUUUCCCCAGGGAAUGUUUCCUGAGCACCUAACAUGAAUUAGGCACCUGAGCCCCUGCUAUGUGACUGGAACUUGGCUCUGGGGUUGCAGUGGUGGCCCUGUCCUGAAGUGGGAGCAUUAGAGAAAUGCUCCACAGGUGAGAUAGGGAGAAGGUGGGAGCCGUGGGUGUGCACAAUGGAGUGGCCCGGUUCUUGCUGAGGAGAGGGUCAGAAAGUGACCUUUAGCUGGGACUCAAAGAGACUGGUCAGCUGGGGGGUGAGUUGGGAUGUGGAGUUGUAGCCAAGAACCAGACCCCAGCCUCAAUCUCAGGGAGCUCACAGCUGCCAGGGAGCGGGGAGCAGACAGGCAAGUAAGCUGCCCGUUCUAGGACUGGGUCAGUGCUUUGUUGGGGGAAGCCCAGGAAGCUGGGAGCUCAGGGGACUGCAGACAUAACCUUGGAAGGGGUGGUGAGCAGGACGGGUUCUCCAGGCAUGUGACCCCUGAGCUGACUUUCCAGGGUCAUUGGGAUGCUGGAGGAGUCCCGCUGGGUGCUGUGCCCCAAGGUGGAAGGACCCACUUGUGCACAGGCAUGGUAGCAGGAGAGAGCCGCACGACUGGGGUCCUGUGGGUGGUGAAGUGAGGCAGGAGAGUGGGAGCCUGGCUGUGGGGUGAGUAUGGCCCACAGGGCUUUAGCAAAGACCCUUGGGUGCUGCCUGGGAGUUUGAACUGUAUCUUGAGUGAUGGGCCCCCGGGAAGGAAUUUUAAGUGGGGGAGUGAAUGUCCCAGGCAAGCUUUCCUUUGGUCCUCCCCAGAGAAGAGGGGAGCCCCUGAUUCUGUACUCCUGGCUGAGGUUAGGAGUGGGGCUCAAGAUUCCUUGUAGGGCUCUGUCUGAGUGGGCCCCUGGCCCUUUCAGAGACACUGUCUCCUCUUGGGUAAAGGUGUGGCUUGAGGCCAGAAUCCUAGUGGGGCUAUGGGUUGGGGGUGGAGUGUCUGGCUUGGUCAAAGCUUGCUAAACCUUUAGUUUUAUUAAAAAUAUUCUUUAAAAAGGUCAUGUAAUCAUAGGGAAGAGGGGAAUGAAAUAAACCCCGACCCUCCCACUUUCUGCCCUUUCUCCAAGCCUGCUACACGCGCACUGCUAGCAUUUUGGUGUCGCCUUUCCUCCUUUUUCUCAGCACCCGAUUUUUAUAUAGAUAUUAUUGCUCUAUAUACAUGUACUUUAAAAAAUCUGCACCCCCUUUCCCCCCAAAAGUUGUAUGGUGAGUAUUUUCUAAACUUGAGGAUGGAUUUAAUGCCUCUUUCUGGUGGAGCCAGUGUCAGGGUAGAAAGCCUGGGCUCCACAGUCGGAUUUUCUGGCUUCAGAUCAGACACACGCUGCUUGACGCUGGGCAGGCCCCCACGUCCCUUUCCACCUCGGGCCCUCGCACAGUUCAUGUGAGUGCUACAUGAGUCACUACGACACCAAGUGAACGCUGGCUAUUAUUAACAACUGUAGCUCAUAUCAUCACGUAACAUGAUUUACAGAGUCAUCCCCCUAUUGUCCAAAAAUUUGGCUGUUGCAGAUUUUUUGCUAUUGAAAAAAUCCACUGGAGCAAACAGCUUUGUGCAUAAAACUUUGUCUAUAUUGGGUUGUUUUCUAGGGAUGGAUGACUAAAAAUGGGAUCAGUAGGCCAGGAAAUCUGAAAAUUUCUAGAGCGUGUGAUAUAUUAUUCCCAGAUUGUUUUCAGAAAUGAUUGUUCCAGUUUAUUCUCUUACCCAUAAUGUAUGGGAAUGCCAAUUUCACUAUACCCUCUCCAGCAUUGGGUAUUAUCAUUUUCUUAUUCUUUUUUGCUAUUGUAAUAGGUGAAACUCAUUUUGUUUUCACUGCUAGGGAAACAGCCAUUUUCUUUUCUUUUUUUUUUUUUAAGAUUUAUUUAUUUAUCCAUACAAAAACCGGGGUCAGGCCAGAUUCGCGGGAGGGUGAGAGGAUUCGCCAGAGCCAGAGCGGGGAACAGAACAGGCAGACUAACGAAAUACACUGCUGAGGGGAUCAGCAGGCGCAACAGGAGAGAUCUGCUGUGCCAUGUGGGACCCUCGCCAGCAGGCGGGAUCGAACCGGCAAUGCAGAGGCUGUGGACAGCUUCACAGUGCUGCGCUCAACCGCCUGCGCCACCAGGGGAGGCCCAAUAGCCAUUUUCUGUGUUUAUUAGUUGUUAAUAUCAUUUUGGCCCUCUAGUCUGUGCAGAACACAGUCCUUCUCACAUCACUCAGGAAAAUGGGGCUUAGCUACAGGAAAUAGAGAACGUGUACGCAGGGAAUAACGUAGUGCCAGAGUGUGCGGAGUGAACUGGGAGGAGAGAAGGGACUUUCUUCUAUUUAGACCAUGGCAGUUUUAGUUCCUUCCACUUAGAGCAUCCAUUCAUUCAUCCAAAUGUCUAGCAGGUACUGUGCAAGGGAUUCAAAGGCCAAUGACUCAGCCCUGAUUCCACCCUGGCAGGCUGCAUGUCCAGCAACAGAGAUGCAUGAGAAAACUGGCAAGGGCUCUGAUGAUGGAAAUGCAGGACACAGAGAAAACAGAGGCAAGACCCCCAGCAGCCUCAGGGGUAGAGGUGGAACAAUCCUUGAAGACUUUCAGAAGGAAGUAGCCUGUAAGCUGGGGCCUUCAGGGGUAGGUUGGACUUAACCAGUGAAAUGGGGUGGGCAGAGAGCUUUGAGGGACAUGUAUGCAGCCUGAUUGAAGGCAAGGAAGUAAGAAGGGAAGUCGAGCACUGGGGAAACUCAAUCUGACCAGACUGGGUGUGUAAGAUGAGGGGAAUCACCAGUACAGCCAGAGGUCAUCGGGGCUGGACAGAUAAGGCCUAAGGAAUCCAUAUCUCGUCUGGAGAGAAGUAGAGCCCCGUGGAAGGUUCUAAGUAGAGAAGUGUUGUGAUUAUGUUUUAGAAAUAUCUCAGUGACCACAGCAGGAGACUGGAAUGGGGGCUGUGGGUAGAGGUGGGGAAACCUGGGAGGAGGCUCUUGCUGCAGGUGAUGGGGGCCUGGCCCAGGCCAGGGAAGGUGGUGGAAACUCCCUUCUCUCCCCACCUUGUGCAGCUUCAAAGUGCAGACGAAUGUCACCUCUGCCAGGUAAUAUUGCUGAACUCUGCCACCCCCUACCCAGCUCCUCCUACCUGGAGAAUGGGCUUUGGGCAGAGCUGGUAGGAGUGGUUGACUGAGUGCCCACCGCCUGCUGGCCCGGACUGCCCUGCACCUCCAUGCCACCGGGACUUCCGUCUACCCCCCUCCCCCAGGCCCUCUCCUGCUAUCAACCUCUUCCAUUUUUUAAGAAUAAAUUAAUUGUUUUCAUGAUAAAAGCAACUGAAUGACAUUACAGAGAAUGUGGAAAUCAGAGAAACAAAGACAAAAACCCAGAUCAGCUCUAGCCUCCUCCCCCCCGCACCCAGCCUCCCUGUGGGCGUGGUUUCUGGCAGCUUGCUCUUUCUGACGCAGGUUUUUAUUUUUGCCUCCUUGUAAUCAUAGUGUCCGCACAGCUUUGGGUCCUGCUCGCUCCCAUUUACUUUCUUGGGAGCCAGUUGGGACCCCCUGUGGCCAUGGGGUCUGAGCAGAUCUCACUGUUUGAUGUCUGUGGGCUGGGCAGGGCAUGGGAAAUGGGACAUGAAGUUGCUUAACUGCACCCGGCCCUGCCCUGCAGUAGGUAUGGCUUAUCGCCUUCCUCCCCGGGGUGCCUGUUCUGUCUUCUUCGUGUGUGUCUAGGUUUGACCUUCCCCAGGUGGCGGGGCCUGGCACCUGGCGUUCCCCUUUCCAAAGGCCCCUCCCCAGGUGCUCCUUCGGGGUGCUGGCUAGGCUGGUCUCAGUGUUCACCCUCCCGGGACAGGGUGAUGGGCAGACCUGGUUUCCAAUCCAGACUCGGCUCCGUGACUUCAGGCCAGUUAAUUGACCUCUCUGGACCUCAGUUCCUCAUACCAUGGCUCUAAUGCAAUAGUGAAAUAACAGUUGUAAUGCCCUGACAUAGCUCCUCCCCCAUCCGAAGUGCUCAAGAAAAGGUAGUCAGUGUUUAUGCUUCUGACAGCAGAGGUGAACGAACGAACACCAAGUCUACCUGCGAAGAGCUCGCAGUCUGAUGGGGAAGUCCCCCGGGGAAACGGACAUAUCAAGGUGCUGUUGGGAACACAGAGGAAGUGACUGACUGGGGGUUCAGGGAAAGCUCCGUAGAAGAGGGAACACUUGAGCUGGGUCUUGAAGGAUGAGUAGAAGUUCACCAAGUGGUAAAGGACACUCUAGGAUGGCAGAGCCGCGAUUUAACAACCCCUACUUCUGGCCCCCUCCUCCCACCAUGCCCAGCCAGCUGGACAACCUGGUCCUGAUUAACAAGAUCAAGGAGCAGCUGAUGGCCGAGAAGAUCCGGCCGCCGCACCUGCCGCCCACGUCGGCUUCGUCUCAGCAGCCGCUGCUAGUGCCGCCGGCGCCAGCCGAGAGCAGCCAGGCCGUCAUGUCGCUGCCCAAGCUGCAGCAGGUGCCGGGGCUGCACCCGCAGGCCGUGCCGCAGCCCGACGUGGCGCUGCACGCGCGGCCUGCCACCAGCACGGUCACAGGUCUGGGUCUCUCCUCCCGGACCCCGGCUGUGAGCACCUCGGAGUCGGGCACGGGCACGGGCACCAGCACCCCGUCCACACCCACCACCACCAGCCAGAGCCGCCUCAUCGCCUCGUCCCCCACCCUCAUCUCAGGGAUCACCAGCCCCCCCCUCCUGGACUCCAUCAAGACAAUCCAGGGCCAUGGCCUGCUUGGCCCCCCCAAGUCCGAGCGCGGCCGCAAAAAGAUCAAGGCGGAGAACCCAGGGGGCCCUCCUGUCCUGGUAGUCCCCUACCCCAUCCUGGCCUCGGGCGAGACUGCCAAGGAGGGCAAGACUUACAGGUGUAAGGUAUGCCCGCUGACCUUUUUCACCAAGUCCGAGAUGCAAAUCCACUCCAAGUCGCAUACAGAGGCCAAGCCCCACAAGUGCCCGCACUGCUCCAAGUCCUUUGCCAACGCCUCCUACCUGGCCCAGCACCUGCGCAUCCACCUGGGCGUCAAGCCCUACCACUGCUCCUACUGUGAUAAGUCCUUCCGACAGCUCUCCCACCUCCAGCAGCACACCAGAAUCCACACAGGCGACAGACCCUACAAGUGCCCACAUCCCGGCUGCGAAAAGGCUUUCACUCAGCUCUCCAACCUCCAGUCUCACCAGCGCCAGCACAACAAGGACAAGCCCUACAAGUGUCCCAACUGCUACCGGGCUUACUCGGACUCCGCCUCCCUGCAGAUCCACCUCUCGGCCCAUGCCAUCAAGCACGCCAAGGCCUACUGCUGCAGCAUGUGCGGGCGGGCCUACACCUCGGAGACCUACCUGAUGAAGCACAUGUCCAAACACACGGUGGUGGAGCACCUGGUGAGCCAUCACUCGCCCCAGAGGACGGAGUCUCCUGGCAUCCCGGUGCGAAUUUCCCUCAUCUGAGCCGCCCCAAGGCACCGCCCCGCCCUGCCCGCUGGCUGACCCAGACCCAGGCAUCACCAGGCCCGCCUCCCUCCAGGGGCCUUCCAGGAACAGCCGAGCUCUCUCAUGACCUCCCUGACCUUCCAGAAAGCCUGGGCCGCAGGAGCCCGGCCCGGUCCAGCUCUGGGGGCGGCCAGGCCAACUGCAAGAUUCUGGACUGUUUUGGUGGCAUCCAAAGACGAUCUCAGAGCACUUUGAACCUCUGUUGGGUUUUCUUUUUGUUCCCCACCCUUCACUUGCUUCACUGUUUUUUUUUUUUUUUAAGUUUGUUUUGGAAAUAACAAAAAAGAUAUUUAUUGGCCAAGAAGUUGGUGCUGCUAAGACCGAGAAAUGAAAAGAAUCGGACAGAUGGACACAGAGCACCCGAGGGCAGCGGGGGACCGCCUCUUGCCACGGCCUCGGGUCUCGCGGGAAGGCUCCGGCCUGGGUUUCUGGACUGCAGAGGGCCCCCAGGUGGGACGGGGCAGGAAGCAGCUGGAGUGAGCCACUCAGCCCUGUGUGCCCAGCUCAACCGCUUGAGCUGUGCCCUGGGCAUCACUGAGCAGAGGGAUGGGGCAGCCAGCAGGGCUGCCCAGGCUUCGGACGAGAAACGAGAGAGGGACCAGGAGAUGCGCAGGACCAAAGGGCGCGGCGUGGGGCUGGGCUGGGCGCAGGCCCAGGGAAAUGGGGUGGGAGUGGGUUGGGUAAGACCUGGCCCCCCCGCCCUGAAGACCACCCCAGUCUACCUCGGUGCUGGCCAGGAAAUCUAUCGGCUACCUCUCCCCCCAUCCCAGACUGUGGGCAGGGGGAUGGGGAGGGAGCAGGCCUGGGGCUGAGGACCCCCUCCCCAGAACUUCCUCCAGCUGGGGCAGCGCCCAGGGAGGGGCCACUCGUCUUCCCUGCUGGAGGGGCCAUCUCCAGCCCAGGUCCUAGGCGCCCCCCGGCUGGGAAGGGAUCCUCGGGGAGGAGGGUCCCGGGAGCAGACCCUGCCCUCAGCCCCCACAGACACACCCCAAUCUGAAAGCCAUGCGUGUCCAUGUAUAUAGGAACUAUAUGUACAGAGCCCGGAGAAGCCCCCCGACAUCCCCCGGGAAAGAGAAAAGAAAACUAGACAGAAACUCAUCUAUAUAUUCUGUAUCUGGAGUUCCGUUUUGAAUAUUAACUGUGUUAUUUUUAUACACUUUUUAAGCCUUAACUCGCCAUUGAUUUACCAGUUUAACGUUUCCUGGGGUUUCUUUUCCCGUGGGGUUCUCCGCCCCGCCCCUGCCCCUUUGUUUGACUUGCGUCUGAUACUCAGUAUUGUAGCUUUUCGUCCGCAUGUUACUCCCCUGUAAAUACGCUGUUCUCCAUGCUGUUAACACCCCUUUGCUUUUUUCUAUGGGACCUCCAGGCCACCGUAUCUAGAACUAGUUACCUUAUUAAAAAAGAGAAAACAGUCUGUCGGCUUCUCAGUCUGCAUCGUGGUGACAGGGAGGCGAGGGCAGGUGCCCCUCGACGCCGCAGGAAAGAAGUUGGCAUUCUAUUUAGGAAAAGGGGUGGGGAGCAAAACAAAACGCAAAUGUGGGGGCAAACACUAAAGGGGGCAAGAAACAGGAAUCCCACCCCCUCUGCUCUGUGUAUUUCUCUGUUAAGAAUAAACCGUUCCUGCACCCGG